AUGGAGCCUUACAUCUCUCUGGCCCUGCUUGCUGACUUAUCGGGCCUGGUGACCAACCUGGUUUCUCUGAGCACAAAUUUCUGGGUGGAGGUCAUGGGACCUGGCUUUUCAAUUCACGCAGGCCUCUGGCUAGAUGGCCCGGCGGCAGACUUCAUCCGUGUGACACAGGCCUUCACCAUCAUAGCCGCGUUGCUCGGGCUGGUGUCGUUAGUCAUGCUUCUCUGGCACUACAUCCCCUGGCUGAUUGCCCCGGAUCGUGUCCUCAUGAUCUCCGCCGUGACAGCCUUAUCUGCAGCCUCUUCAAUGUUAGUGGCCAUGUCUGUGUACACCGCUAAGCGCUGGGAACAGAUUCUACCGCCCCAGAUCUUCCUCUUCUUCAGCUGGUCCUUCUACCUGGGCUGGGUCUCGAAUGCCUUGAUCUUCUGUGCAGCUCUCCUGAUUCUGUUUGCCCAGUAUGGCUCCCGCCGGGCUGGCUAUGGCGCUCUGUGA